AUGGAAACGUUCAAGAAGGCUUUAAAAGACUACUUUGUAUUUGAGGAAAAGGAUGUGCUAUAUAUUAAAAAUGAAAAGCAUAGGCUGAGGGCAGCAUGUGCUGCUGAGGAUUGUCCAUGGCUGAUUUUCACAUCCUGGAAUAGUGCUAGUAGGUGUUUCCAGGUAAAAACUCUGAUAAAUGAGCACACAUGUGCCAGAGACUAUGGCAGCAACAUGACAGAUAGGGGCUGGGUGACAUCAAAGCUCAUUAAGAGACUACUUAUCCAUCCUGAUAUGAAACCAAGGCAGGCAACGGAUCACAUGAUUGAGGAGUACAAUGUGCAACUUAAUCAUAGAAUGAUUGCGAGGGCCUUGAAAGUAGAUAGAGAGGUGGUCAUUGGUAAUGCACGAGCACAGUAUGAAAAAGUUAGAAACUACUUGAGUGAGAUUCAUCGAAGUAAUCCUAGGUCCACAGCAUUGAUGGAGACAAUACCACAACCUGAAGCCCUCCCAUUGUUUGAUAGGUUAUACAUUAGCUUAGACGCUUCCAAGAAGGGUUUCAUUCAGGGUUGUAGGCCGUUAAUUGGUCUAGAUGGCUGUUUCUUGAAAGGGUGUUAUGGCGGACAAUUGUUGAGUGCAGUGGGCCAAGACGCGAACAACCAUUUUUUUGUCAUAGCAUACGCUGUUGUCCCUAAUGAAUGUAAGGACACCUGGAAGUGGUUCCUAACGUUGUUGCAAGAUGAUUUGGGGUUGGUGACGCAUCAUGGAUGGAAUUUUAUCAGUGAUCAGUAG